UGGCUAGUAAAGUGUAAGAUACGUUAGUAAGCAGUAAUACAACUUGUUGAAUAAAUAGUCUCCGUCCAUAUUUAAGCCUACAGCGUCAUUUAAGUUUUUACAUACAAAAUAGUUUCAUUCUUACAUUCGAGACGAUAUCUCGUGUGCAUUUAAAUAGAAAGUCAAAAGUUUAAUAGACAAAGAAUCACAAUGGGAGUCUCCGGACGUGCGGAUUUCUGCUCACAGCUAGUAAAGUAUGGAAUGUUCAUCUCGAACUUGAUAAUAUUCAUUGGCGGAGCAAUUGUAUUUGUGAUUGGUUUGAUUACGAUUGUUGACCGCAAUUUCCUUAGUGAAUUACUUGGUACAAAUCUAUUUUCGGGCGCUGUUUACGUGCUUGUAAUUACAUCAGCCCUUGUUUGUCUUCUCGCAUUCUUCGGAUGCUUCGGUGCUGUCAAGGAAAUCAAAUGUAUGCUGUUAACGUACUUCAUACUGCUUUUCUUGAUAUUUGUGACGAUGUUGAUUGGCGGAAUCCUUGGAUAUGUUUUUCGUGAAAAGGUCGAGCUCACAAUGAAGCAAGAAAUGUAUUCAUCAACGAACCUGUAUGGAGUCAGACGACAAAUAACAACAGCAUGGGAUACGACACAAACGCGCCUCAAGUGUUGCGGUGUCGAAACAUUUAGAGAUUGGAAAGGCAAAUUGCCACUUUCUUGUUGCCAGGAAAUUGAUCGAGACGGAAUUCAACGAAAGCCUUGUCAAGAUCAUCCAACAUUACAAAAUACAUACAACAAUGGAUGUUAUGAAGUCGGUUUCCAAUUUAUACGUGAUCGCGCAAAUGUAAUCGGUGCAUCCGGAAUAAUUGUUGCAAUCUUAAUGAUAUUCGGCAUGGUGUUCUCGUGCAUGUUCUUUAAUAUGAUUGAAUGAUGGAGCACAACAAUGUCUAGCAACGAUGACUCAACGCAACAAUAUGUGUACCUUAUAAAUUGACGCACAUAAUUAACUGCUCUCAUAUAAAACAUGAAAAAAUAAUCAACUUGUGACAUUCGAAAGUUCAAAUGCCUCGUAGGAAAUUAAUAUCUACUAGAUGAUGUCAACGCAUUUUCUCCCUCAAACGUUCGAGCUCUUAAAGUUGAUUGAAAUUAAUUAAAUUUAAAGAUGUUUGAUCUUGUUUUUCUUGUUCCUUUUAAUUGCUUAAUUUUUCGUAGAAUUCUUUAUGUUUUAAGAAACAAAUCCAGAAGAUUUUUCAAUUAAUUCAUUUCAAUCAAGUUAAGGUUCAACAUUUGAAACACCCACAACAGCAUUUGAUGAUCAGAACCAUACAAAUGUAAUUUCAAAAACAUUACAACAGUAUUAAUAUAACGACUAAAAUAAUUCAAAAUCUUUCAAAACUUAAAACCGUACAACAGUUCUGAAAAUGAUACAUUCCAAUCCCGAGAAAAAUGCGUUGAAUUGCUUCCAUUUUUUUAACAAUGAUCUGACAUGUAAACAUAUUUUUUAUGAUAUUAAGAUUCAAUCUCUAUCUCCUUUAUUUUUAGAACUUUUACCUGAUCAAUUUACUUACAAUUAAAUAAAUCUAAUUAAAGAGAUACAAAAAUUAUGUUCGUAAAUUUUAUAAGACAAAAUGAAACGUAUCCGUCCAUAUUAAAUGUAUUAAUUAAGUUAAUGAAUGAGAGUUUGUAGUAGAUAUAGAAAUAGAAAUUAAUUCAAAUGGAGAUCCACACAAUUAAAUAAAAGAUGUAAUGUCGAAAGUUCUGAUAAAGUUGUGGAUCGUAAUCUCGAUGUGUCUUAAUAAUUAGUGACUUGUAGUAAUUAGUACUAUGUUAAAGUAUAUUACAAAAUAAAACAAAAAAUUUCAAAAUUAUUCCAAGU